AUGGCUAGCAGCUCUACCUCGAAGACUGUCGACGACACCCACCCUUCUGGCUCGCUGGCGCCCUCCCUCAGCUUCGGACAUCGACGCGGCUCGACCUCGACCAACUCGGUCACCGACAAGGAGCAGCUAGCGCAGGCUCUCGACAAGAUCCACACCUCCGCGAGCCGCUGCGACACCUUGACGACCUUCAAUGACUUUACCACUCCCCCAGAAGGCGCGCCCGCCUCCGAGAGCCGCGGCACGGCCGGCGAGAUGGUUCAGCAUGGCCUCAGUGGACUCUACAGUCGAUUUCGGGAAGUCGUGGGCGCUGUCAGUCCGACCACGGCUUCCAAGGAGCCCGUCUUUGAGAAUGCGGAUAACUUGCCGAAAAAGACGGCCGACGGCCAUUCCUCACGCCUAUCCAUAUCCUCGGCCAACCGCGGCGAGACAUCCCAUACCACGAUGGCCAUCUCCUCGCUACCUGCUCCCAUGACCGACAUGUCCUCCUCUGCCGGCCUCACGACAACGACCGAUAGCCGCUCUCAGAUGCCCCCAUCCUCCAAAGCGACGAGCAUCAGCUUGAUGACGGGCCAAAAGUCAACGACUUCGAGCCGCCAAAGCCUCCCGACCAACGCCACCAGUGCCGUCGUGGCUGCUGAUCCCACCAUCGCACCUCCUCUGUCCAUACGUAGGGACAACAGCCGCAGCACCAUUCAGACGGAGGAGAGCGGCGGACAAGGGUCCAGCCGGAGGAGCCUUAGUAGAGCCGAACUCCACACCCGACUGCCGACGGUUGACACUACCAUGUCCUUGUAUGACAUCAAGGACGCACGAGACGACAUUUCCAGCAUCGGCGACAUCGGUGACAAAGGCCUGAGCCCCAUCAAGACGUCCGCUCCUGGCAGCUCGGCCCAGUCCCAGAACUCGCAUGCCCGAAGCGUUUCGAACGCGUCCUCGAUGGCCCCGCCCGAUACGGAGCGAAGGACGCCCACGGUCAUCAGCAGGAUCAGCCGAUCCAUAUCACCGAGGUAUCCCGGAUCGAGAGAAUCGUCUCUCGAUCGCGGAACCGCCGAAGUCAGUCCCAUCAACACCACUGCCCACAGCUCCCUCCACCACGACACUUUCACCGAGGACCCCUACUUGUACAAGGGGCAAUCUGGCAACGUGCACAUCAUGGGCACCAUCACGGGCGAGGACAGAGCCUCGGAUCAGAUGAGCGCCCACUUGGGCAAGAUGCGGAUGCAGGUGUUGAGCAGGGAAUUCUGGAUGAAGGACGACACCGUCAAAGAGUGCUUCCUCUGCCAGGCGCCCUUUACCGCUUUUCGACGAAAACAUCAUUGCAGGACCUGUGGGUGCAUUUUCGACUCCAAAUGCACCACCGUCGUCUCCGGAGAGAAGUUCGGCGUCCAGGGCUCCCUGAGGGUGUGCAAGAACUGCCUCGAGGUUAUCAGCAGACGAGUCGACGGAAGCGCCUCCGAAGACUCCGCAGACGAGCGCUCCUUCCUGCCCAAAAUAUUCGGCCCGAAACAAUCGAAAGGAUCCGGCAGCACGAGCCAACCGACGGUGAGAGAGCCGGAUCCCACCAUGGUGUCGGAAGGGUCCGAGGACGCGCGGCCAGUGUCAACGCCGAUGAUGGCGAUUCCGGCGACUCGCCGCGUAAAGGACCCCAACAGCUCCUCGUCGAUUUUGGAAAUCAAUGCGCCUCAGUUGAGUCGACCUGGCUCGUCUCGUUCCCUCAAGUCCCUGAGCGCCAGCCGUCCCCCGUCCUCGGCGGGACACAAACGACAUCAUUCCAAGCAUGGAGUCAUGAGCCGAUACAAGGCUCCUGCUGAUGACCGGGCCCCCUUCCGCAAGCGCAUCGAAGAGGACAACGCGAGGAAACCAAAGUUUCCCGCCUUCCACGACGACAACAUCAUCGAUCCCGACUUGGCUGAUUACAUGUCCGAUGACUCCAGCGGGGAUGAGCAGAUGAAUAGCAUCUUCCAGACGAUGGGAACGUCGGAGACGCACCCCGCGAGCUAUGAGAACGAAAAGUCGGGCUUCGCAUCGUACGCCGGAGCGAGGAAGAAUCGUCAUAAGGCUGGCGAGAAGAGCAUCAGCGGCAUGAGCUAUGUUAGCAGAGGCGUCUACGACGAUACCAACGGACCGGGGAGUCUGUUGAGCCACAAAAGGUCCGCCCGACGUCGCAACCUCAGCAACGUGAGCGGCAGCGUUCAUCAUUUGGGAUCACCACGGCCCAAGUCGGUGGUGUACAAAGGCCCUUCGACUUCCUCCGAGAUGCUCUUCCCUCUCGACUCAAGCCUGCCUGGCACCCAGCUGACCAGAAAUGAUUCGUUGCGGAGGGGGAGGGCGCCCAAGGUGGAACUGAACCAGUCGAGCCUGAAGCACGUCAACAAGCUGCUUCGCCAGCUUUUGACCGACGCCGAGAUCCCCAGUCCCGCCGCGUGGCAAAGGUCUCUCGUGCCCAUCCUGCUUCAUCUCACGGAUCAGGUGACGCCAGACAUCGCCAAAGGCGAGGACAUGGACAUCAGACACUACGUGAAACUGAAGAGGAUACCCGGCAGCAAGCCUAGCAAAACCUCUUACGUCUCCGGCGUCGUCUUUACCAAGAACCUGGCGCUCAAGAGCAUGUCGCGCACGAUCCUCAACCCGCGAAUCGUCCUUGUCACCUUUCCGAUCGAAUACCAGCGACAUCAACAGCAGCAUUUUAUGAGCUUGCAGGCGGUCAUGGAGCAGGAGAAAGAAUUCCUGAGGGUCGUCGUUCAACGAAUCACGAAUUUACGGCCUCACGUCUUGUUGGCGCAGAAGGGCAUUUCCGGCGUUGCCAUGCAGUACCUCUCCGAAGCGAACAUUUCAGUCGCGUACAAUGUGAAGGACACCGUCAUUGAAGCCGUCGCCCGUUGCGCCGAGGCCGAAAUUAUCGAGUCGAUUGACAUGCUGGCCCUUCCCGUCCGCGUCGGGAGAUGCUCCGCGUUCAAAGUCAGGACGUUUUUCAACGAACUUUACGUUAGCCGGAAGAAAACGUACAUAUUCAUCUCGGGCUGCCGGCCAGAUCUCGGAUGUACCAUUGCUCUCCGAGGUGCCAGCAACGUCUUGCUAGGCAAGGUCAAGAAUAUCAUGGAGUUUAUGGUCUACGUCGUCUACAAUUCGAAGCUUGAGUCGAGCUUGCUAAGGGACGAGUCUGUCGAGACGCCGGAAGAGGCCGGCGAAAGCUCCAUGUCGAAUUCUGUCCAGGUGUUGCCCGAUGGCCAGAGAUCUUUGAGCUUGACGAGCGCGACGGAUAGUCGCAGUGGUCCGACAACGAUCGUGAAUCAACCCUCGAGCGAGAGUGAACCUCCGUCGCAGACCGCUGUCGAGAGUUCCACCAUCAGCGGAGAGGAUGAGACCGAGGUGGCGAAUCUCCCGACGCCUGCCACCGAGCGACUCAAGCUUGUAUCUCUGCAUGAGCAUCACAGCCACGCGUCGCACGAGAGUCAGGUGCCCGACGACGUGCCGAUGCCGACAUUCUACAGCGACAUGGUGGCCAAAUAUGAAACGAAGAUUCUGUCGGCAUCACCGUACGUAAAGUUUAAGCAGCCGCACCUGCUGAUGAAGGCACGCGAGCAGGAGAGACGGCUCCUGUAUCUCAAGCGGCUCCGCGACCAGGAUGCCGUGGAAGAGGACUCGGAAAAGACUGAUCCGCAGAAGUUCCUGCUCAUCAAGCCGGAGAUGGUGGAGAAGAUUGGUCAACAGGCACCGAGACAGAUUAUGGAGAUUCUUCAUGCAGUCCACGACGCCGAAUACGACAAAGCGCUCUACAACUACCAGACCCAAACCCGUCAAUGGGAGACGUACAUUCAAGGAAACCUCGACUUGUUUGACCCAUACUCGCACCAGAACAUUGUCGUCUUGUACUCUGUCAUUUGCACGGAGACCAAGAUACCAUGUAUUGAGCCGACCAUAAUCGCCAUCAACUUUUAUGACGAGCAGCAUGUGGACACUGGAAUGGAUCCGGACUGCACCCUUGGCCAAUACAUAGUGGACUUGGCGUACAGCAAGAACGACAUUUGCAACUCGAAUGGCUGUGAGAGGAAGAUGGCGGAACAUCAUCGGACCUACGUCCAUGAUCAGUAUCGCAUCACCGUCUUCGUCGAGUACUUUCCGAACACGGCCCCGAGAGCUCCCGAGCUCGGCGACGGCAUAACCAUGUGGACGUACUGUAAGCUUUGCAAGAAGGAUUCCAAGGAAAUGGCCAUGUCGGAGGCGACGUUCAAGUAUUCGUUUGGAAAGUACCUAGAGUUGCUGUAUUGGGGUCGCGGGCUGAAGAUGAAGGAUGCUGUGCAAUGCUCUCACGAUCACCAACAAGACCAUGUCCGCUACUUCACUCUCGGCGACUCCCGGAUUCGAAUUCACUGGGAUCCCAUCGACCUUCUCGAGAUUGUGGUGCCUCGCGCGCGAAUCACGUGGAAGGUUGUGAAUGAUCUCAAGCUCAAAAACGAGAUAUACACCAAGAUGGAGGAGCGUUGGAGCAAGUUCAUGGCAUCCGUUCGAGCUCGGCUCAAGAGCAUUCGGAUCGACAGCGUCCUUCCCGAAAAGGCUGAAUCAUGCAAGGCCGAAGUCGAGCGGUUGACCAAGAGGGCACAGGAGGAGCAGCCGAAAAUGGUGCGGCAGUUGCAGAGCAUAUACGUCAACUCCAAAUACUACGAGGUCGUGCCUUUCAACAGCCUCGUUCGAGAUAUGCUCGAGAAAGCAGGUGACUGGGAUCAGGCUUUUGCCAAAUUCGAGGCUGAUUUCUUGGGCGACAAGGAUAUGCGUCAGCUCACCAUGAUGCAGCUGAAGAAGAUGUUUACGGACAAUGAAUCCAAGGAGUCGCUUUCGUCUACCGAAGGGACAGGACCGUCCACCGAAGGCGACGACCGGACUUCCCAGCCCUUCACAGAAUCAGAGGACAAGAGUACACAGCCGACAGAGUAUACCGGGACGACGGCGGCCAGCACGGCGUCGAGUAAGCUGGGGGAUGAAAGGGAAAUGGACGAGAAACUGGCCAUGGAUGAAGAUGGAAGGAUCGAAACCCCGGCGGAGUGUGCCGUUGAACGAGCGGAGCCCCUGGACCUUUCAGCGUCACCGACGGCCCUCAGCUCUUCUCCGAGCAAAGUGCUCCCACCGCUCAUUGACAGCAACGGGAGCUCCCGGCGGGCGACAUCGCCUCGACCAUCUGUCUCCUCAACGACAAUGGGGCGCAGUCCUACAGAGUCGUCGCUGCCAGACCAAUCGUUGUCCGAGAAGGUGGAAGAGAUGCGCCGCGAACGGACGGUGCAGACUGGACAAGCGGCUGAGCGCGCUGACGUGCCUGCGGAGGCCUACAAAGCAGCCCCUGAAUGUCCCGCUAGAAGGUCUGGCACAAACGUAUCGCCCCCCAUGGUUCGCACCAUCUCACAUCCCGCCCGGGUGCUGCCCCGAUCGCAAUCGAUGGGCAAGAGCGGUGUUAAAGACGCCAAGGGUGGGUUGGAAACGCAUUCCGAGCAGGCGUCCGACGUGUCGAUCAAGGGGGAUAAGAAGCUUUCUGAUCGCCUCGGGCUAAAUGCUCUGAAGAGCCGGUCGAAGGCGACAGCGUCUGGGAUUCCGAGGCUCGUGCAUAAGAAGCGGGAGACCAAGGUUUCGAACCUGGCUCGGCACUUUGAGCAACUUAGUCGAGAGUUCGAAAAGGAGCGCAUUCGCGAUCGCAAGGAACGAGCAGCAAGUCUGCGGCAGCCUAGGGCACGACUUCCCAGAACUUCGACGAAAGCGAUCGUGCAGGUGUACGACGAUGUGAAUGAGGCCUUUGAGGAACCUGCUGGGCCGGCCGAGCAGACGGCAGAAGGCCAGAAGGCGGGUUUUGCUGCGGCUCAUGCCGCUUCCGAGCCUCCCCAGUCCGAUAUGCCGCCGGAGAAGAUGGCAGAGAAGGAGGCGAAGCCAGAGAGUCAACAGUCCGAGGACCGCGACGAUGGCAGCAACAGCAACGCUAGUCAGGUUGCAUCGGACGACGACGGUGGCGCCAGCGACGGGGAGGAGGCGACAGUGUCGGAUGACAUUCUUCCCGGAAUCGAAGAGCUUGCCGAUGCGCUCGAGCCAAGCACCGAGAUUCCACUGGAGCUCCCCAAACACCAAAAGACAAGCCUGAUGAAGUACUUGACGAAUUUCUGGGCCGAAAGAUCGGCCAGCGGGUGGCCGCCGCUCGAGUACCCGGUCAACUCCACCGAUCACAUCUUCGUCGACUCGGAUAUCAUCGUGCGAGAAGACGAGCCAAGCUCUGUGAUAGCACUCGCGCUGAGCAGUGAUGAUUACAAAGCGAAGCUGGCGAACAUCAGGAACGAGGCUCAGCAGAUGAUGCAGCGAGAGAAUGAGAGUGCCGAGACGGAGCCAAAGUCGUUGCCGAUGUCGGACUUUGGGGACGGGAUGGUAGAUGAAGCGGAGCUCAAAAAGAGCCUGCUGCGGACCAUGGGCACGCAUCUUAGGUACCAGUUCAAGGAGGGGGCCGCCGUGAUGACGUGCAAGAUCUUCUACGCCGAACAGUUUGAUGCGCUCCGGAGGAAAUGCGGCGUUGCGGAGCGAGUCGUCGAGUCCCUGUCUCGCUGCAUGAAGUGGGACUCUCGGGGCGGCAAGACAAAGUCCGUGUUCUUGAAGACGCUGGACGACAGGCUUGUGCUCAAGUCCCUCUCGCCCAUCGAAACGUCGGCCUUUGUGCAGUUCGCACCGGGUUACUUCACCAUCAUGGCCGAGGCACUCUUCCACGAUCUGCCGUCGGUGAUUGCGAAAAUGCUUGGAUUCUUUCAGGUCAUCAUCAAGAACCCGUCGACGGGGACGGAAACGAAGCUCGACCUGCUCAUCACGGAGAACCUGUUUUACGACCGGUCGCCAACGAGGAUCUUUGAUCUCAAGGGAUCCAUGCGCAACCGCAAAAUACAAUCGACAGGAGAGCAGAACGAGGUCCUGUUGGACGAAAACAUGGUCGAGUACAUUUAUGAGUCGCCGCUGUUCGCACGGGAGCAUUCCAAGAAGCUGCUUAGAGCGUCAGUAUGGAACGACACGCUGUUCCUCGCGCGGCAAAACGUGAUGGACUAUUCGCUCAUGAUUGCCGUCGACGAAGAGAGGAAGGAGCUGGUGGUUGGCAUCAUCGACUGCAUCAGGACGUAUACUUGGGACAAGAAGCUGGAGAGCUGGAUCAAAGAUCGCGGCUUCGCAGGUGGCAACCGAAACAGGCCGACGGUGACGAGCCCGAAGGAGUACAAGUCUCGUUUCCGCGCGGCCAUGGCGAGAUACAUACUUCAAGCACCAAACUGCUGGCACUUGUUCAACAAUCCGCAGUAUCCCGUGUACUCCGGACGGGCACGGUUUGAGGAGGCCGAAGGGCAAAAAACCGAUAUGGGUUUCGAAGCAAGAGACCAGUCGGGCAGGGCCGAACUCUGCAGGACGGGCGUUUUGUGCGAGACGGUGCGAUGGGAGGAGAAGGAUGAAAAGUGGGAGAUUUCCGCCCCCCUAAGAAAGCAUACAAUACGGACGGUCUCUGCAUCACUACCACUCGAUCCCGAUGCGCCCAUGUCGAUUGACCUCGAUUGGGAGACGCUUACGCAGGGCCCCGACGGCGAUGCCCUUGCGGAACGGAUCCGCAGCUUCGUGCACGACAAGUUCCAGACGGUGCCACUGCCUCGCUUCAUCCGCGCCGUCAACGUGCACGGUUUCGAAUUCGGCACCAUUGCGCCGGCGCUCGAGCUGAAAGACAUCACAGAUCCGCUACCAGACUUUUACGAGCAGGAGUUGGAUGAUGAUGAGGCGUCCGAGGGGAGCGACGACGACGGCGACGGUGGCUCCUUCGCCCCCCCUUCCGCCUCGGCGGUGGAUUUGGGUGCUGAGGCGAGGCUGUUGGACAGGCGACAGUAUCGGCAACAUCAGCAGCAUCAACAGAAGCAGCAGCAGCAGCAGGAUCAGCAACAGCAACGCCGGCAUCAUCCGACAUCUCUGAAGACGGCGCUGAGAGGCGGCGAUUUUGCAGGCUACGACCUAGGCAGUCCGUUCCUCGGCACCUCGACGCCUGGCAUCCUUGGUGGUCCGGGCCUGAACUACUUCCAAAGUCACCUCGGGACGGGCACUCACACACCGCUGGCUGCCGUCGCGGGUGCUCACCUCGGAAACGGUGGUUGGAUCGGCUCGUCGACGCCCGUCCUCGACCUUUCGUCCUACUCUGCCGCUGACGUCGGCACAACCAGACCGAGCCACAGUCGUCAGCGGUCCGAGAGCAGCAUCAUCUCCUCGGUGGAUAACUUCCUCGACCACCCGCAGCAUCCAGCCUCGCAGGCGCAAGCGCACGCUCAAGCUGAGCAGGCGCUGCGCGAAAAGUCGAGCGUGUCCACGCUUGCGCCUACUUCCGUGAGCACGUCGCGUCCGCCGACGCGGGAUACCCACAUCCUCGGCUCCGCAGCUGGCGGGGAGGGCGAUGACGACAACGACGACGACCUAGCUGGACGGCGGAACGUGAGAGAGGCCAGGGUGGAGGACGUUCAGGCCGUCUUCAGGAUCCGCUACGCCGGCGACAUCAAGCUCAACUUGACAGCCGAGAUUCUCCUCGACUACCCAAUGCCCAGCUUUGUCGGCAUCCCCCUCAAGCUCAACAUCACCGGCAUGUCCUUUGACGGCGUCGGCGUGCUCGCAAACAUCCGCAAGAGGGUGCACUUUUGCUUCCUCAGCCCCGAAGACGCCGCCGCCGCUGUGGGAUCGGACGAGGCCGGGCCGGAGGGUGAAACUGAGGGCGGCGGGAACCAGCUGCCGCCCAAAGGUCGCCUCGGUGGCCUGCUGCAGGAGAUUAAGGUCGAGAGCGAGAUUGGGGAGCGAGACGGGGGCAAGCAGAGCUUGAAAAAUGUAGGCAAGGUUGAGAGGUUUGUGCUGGAGCAGGUGAGAAGGAUAUUUGACGAAGAAUUCGUCUAUCCGAGCUUUUGGACCUUUUUGGUCUGA